CAUCACAGUCUAACAACUGUCACCACGAAAUAAAGUUAUAAAGACACCUUACGAAAAUAAAAAUAUUCACUUUUUUCGCUUUAUUUCUGUUAAAUUCACUGAAUCACCUUUCAUAAGAAACAUAAAAUAAAAUUUCAAUAAUGCUUUAUCUCGAGGAUUAUCUGGAAAUGAUUGAACAUCUUCCGCAAGAGCUAAGAGAUCGUUUCACAGAAAUGCGGGAGCUUGACCUAACUGUUCAGAAUAGCAUGGAUUCAUUAGAAAAAAAAGCGCGUACAUUCUUCCUGCAAUGCAAACGAGGUGAAUUGCAAAGCACUGCUGCUGAAAUAGAGUUCCAAAAUCUCAGAAAAGAAUAUUACAAAGUUCUGGAGGACGCUGACGAAAAAGUUGCUAUCGCCACACAAAUACAUGAUUUAGUUGAAAGGUAUUUGCGUCGUCUGGACAGUGAACUUUUCAAAUUUAAAUGCGAACUAGAAGCCGACAACAAUGGCAUCACCGAAAUUCUCGAAAAGAGGUCAUUGGAACUAGAUGGCUCAAGUUCAAUUAGCAGCAGUAUCGGACAUCAAAAAGAGAAUCGCUACUUUGGAUCGAUCGCCACAAACAAUCACACUGGGGGUUCGGCUGCUAGUCUACCCAAAGAUAACCGCUUUCGUCCAAAGCCGGAAAAGCGCCGCGAUAGCACACCGGCUCCAGUAGUGGAAAAGCGUCCGAACUUGGGGAACACUAUUCCAACUCCAGCUGCUACUCCACCCGCUCCGGUUGUCCAGCCAGUCACACCGACUGUUGCUCAUCAUGCCGUGAUUCCCCCAGCUGCGCCGGGUCCUUCAGUUUCGUAUAACCUGCAGCACAUGGGUGGAGCUGGAAACGCCAUUGCCGCUGCAGCAAGUCAAGCCAUCGUUGCCACCCAACAAAUGCAACAAGGACGCCGAACAGCCAGUCUGAAAGCCUCUUACGAAGCAAUACAUGGCGCUGCCAGUGGGUCAACGCCACACGAGUUCUGGAUUAAUAGAGACAUUAACAACACUCCAAGCGGACAGACUGCUUUACAGACUGCAACUGAUCGCGAAUCAAGCGCUAGGAAGCAUAAAAAAAAAAUCUCGUCACACUUAGCACAACAUACACCAACUACACCAACUCCAAUUCCAUCCUCAUCGUCCUCAAUCAGUUCACAUGCUGAAUCUUCCACAUCCAGUAUUGCAGAGGUGGUUCCUUCACCAGCUCCGGUCAGUGCUAUUGCCACAACAUCUACCGCUGCGGCAGUUCAACGCAACAACAACAACAGCAACAGUGCAGCAGCAGAUAACAGUUUGGUCGUAGAACAAACUGCCGAAGGCGAAUGGUCCUACGAUCCUAAUGAGCCACGCUAUUGCAUUUGCAACCAAGUGUCCUAUGGUGAUAUGGUUGCCUGCGACAAUGAUGCUUGCCCAUUCGAGUGGUUCCAUUAUCCGUGCGUUGGCAUCACACAACCACCCAAGGGCAAGUGGUACUGCCCCAAGUGUACCGCAUCGAUGCGUCGAAGAGGCAAUCGCAAAAACUAAGCUUUUAGGUAUUACAUCAGCAUUUCCUUUCCAAAUUUCUGGACAUGUUUCGAUUCGACUUGAAAUUUAAAUAAAUGAGUCUUACAGUUUGAUGGCCUCGGAA